AUGGACGAGGAAGAUUCUUACAACAAUGGAAGAACAAGGAGAAUGAAGGCUAAGCAGUCAUUGUUUGAGGAGGCUUCUUUUGACUGCCCGGAUUCAAGGAUUGACAGCAUGUUGAGACUCAAAGUGGAGGAAAAUUCAACUUCGAAGCUGCCGUCGAUGCCAUCCCCGGCGGUUGACAAUGCUUCCCGAAGAAACCGUCACCUCUGCAUUCGCAAAUUGGAUGGCUCUUCCUUUGAUGUCGAGGUUUUAAAGUCGGCUACCGUUGCAGAUCUCAAGCUAGGGGUGCAGAAUGUUUUUGAUCAUAUGCCAAACGAUGGUCCCGACAAGAUUUCAUGGAUACAUGUCUGGGGACACUUCUGCUUGUCUUAUGGUGAUCAGAAGUUGAUCCAAGACACCGACCUGAUCGUAAACUAUGGCAUCAAGGAUGCCGAUCAGCUUCAUUUCAUUAGACAUGUGUCCACCAGCACCAACUCGAUAAAGAUUCCGAAAAGUAAAGAGACUGUUCCUCAAAACCAUUCAUAUCAGCUGUUGGUGGAUGAACUUGAAGAUGAGAAGAAGAAGAAGACAUUUACGAGAAACGGAUCAAGUCGGUGUGCUUUCUGGUGA